AUGGAUCUCGUGAACGGUACGACUGCAGGUUCGGGCACGAGCAACGCGAAUAAUAGUCAGCAAAAUGCAGAAGCCAGUAACAAAGUACGCGCCCUCGUGUUUGCUCCCAGCCGCACGCCUGUGGAAGAAGGCCGAUUUUUGUGGGCCGUGCGACAAGACACCAUGCUCACAGUGAUUGAUUUGAAGGGAGGGGGGAGAGGUGCGGGCUAUAAAGUGAUCAGUCGCCGAAAUGAUGUGCAUACAGCUCCUGUCAACUUUCUUUUACGCUACAGAAAUUCAGAAAUCUGGUCGAUUGACGAAAGUGGUGUCAUGUAUGUAUGGGACGUGCUCUCAGCAGAUUAUCACUCGAAUACAAAUCCCUUACUGACAGCGAUGCCACGACGUUAUCUUGUCACCCCACAUGCCGUAGCCGCUACCAUUCAUGGAUCGCAACUAUGGAUGUCUUCCGGUCGAACCUUGGCCGUGCAUCCUAUACCAGCCGCUGGUAGCAGUAACAAUCAUAGCCAUAGCGACGAUGGUUCUUCGACAGUACGUAUACCCAAUGACAUUGGCAAUAUCACUCGACUGUGCACCGUUCCAUACCACACGAAUCGUGUAUUCGCUUCUCAUGACGACGGAAAGAUAAGCAUGUGGGAUACAGAGACCAUGGAACGGUUGAUGAUCGUCGCUGUCUCUUUAUACGGCAUCUCUUCCAUGGUCAGUGUAGGCGAGUAUCAAUUGUGGGCCGGCUACAAUACAGGCAUGAUUUAUGUUUAUGAUACACGUCCCGAAAACUGGUCUGUUUUGAAGGGUUUUAAAGCGCACACAGGAUCUGUGAGUCAAAUGGUGGUAGAUGAAUCCACCUUGGUGUUGGAUGAGCAUCGGGGUCGUUUGCAAGUCGUCACCAGCGAUACACAUGGCUAUGUUGGUGUAUGGGAUGGUUUGCUAACGGAGCACUGGAAAGACACCCACCUUUUGAAACAUCAAGAAGAAUAUUGUAUAUAUGAUGAUGCGCAUGUCAUGAUAUGCUCUUGGAAUAUUGAUGCGAAUAAGCCAGAAAGGAUCACAGGGGAUGAUGAUAGGGCUGUACGUGAAUGGCUAGGUACUAUGGAAGAUCCUGACAUUAUCGUGGUGGGUAUACAAGAAAUUGUGGAUUUAGAAUCAAAAAAGCAAACAGCACGCUCCUUAUUCUUCAAGAAAAAAGUGGAUCCACAUGAAGCGGAAGAAGUAUUGACCCACAGAUACAAGUUAUGGCAUGAUUAUUUGGUUCGCAUGAUCGCUGAAAACUACGGGCGCAACAGAUACACCGUCAUCAAAACUGAUCAACUGGUUGGAUUGUUCAGCUGUAUUUUUGUUCGAACAGCUGAUAUGGAUCGCAUCAUUGACAUUGAUUCAACAUCUGUCAAGACAGGAUUAAAGGUCAUGAAUAAGAGUAUCCAUGGAAACAAAGGUGGCAUUGCGAUCCGUUUCGUCUAUGAUCAUUCUUCGUUAUGUUUUGUGAAUUGUCAUUUGGCAGCGGGCCAAUCUCAUGUCCAGCAACGGAAUGCCGACGCUGAAGGUAUCUUGCAAAGCGCUGCUUUCCCCGCCCAUGAUUAUGCGGACGUGUUUUGCCACGGUGGUGACGGUGCCAUGGUCUUUGAUCAUGAAUAUUGCUUCAUGAGCGGUGACUUUAAUUAUCGUAUCCAAAUGAACCGUAACGAAGUUUUAAAGGCGUUGACGAAUACAGACAAACUGGCCGCCUGGGAAAAGUUGCAAGAGCAGGACCAGCUGUUGAGACAAAAGAGUAAUAAUCCACUCUUUAGACUGCUCAUGUUUCAAGAGUCUCCUAUUCGUUUUGACCCUACCUACAAGUACGAUCCUGGAACCGACUUUUACGAUAGAUCAGAAAAGAAACGUGUGCCAGCUUGGUGUGAUCGAGUCCUUUAUAAAGGUCGCAAAAUCGAAAACCUCUUUUAUCGUCGUUUUGAGGCGCGAUGCUCUGAUCAUCGUCCGAUUGCCGCCGGCUUUAAAAUUAAAACAAAGAUUGCGGAUCCAAACAAGAGAGAUAGACUUAUGCCGAAGGUAGAGGAAGCUUGGAAACAGUAUUUUGAUCGCUACAUCAGAGACAAAAAAGCUAAAUAUGUUGCAGAUUUUGAACGAUGUACAUUGAACGAUGCUUUUCGCUUGCUCGAAGAAUCUGAUUGGGAUGUGAACGAGACUGUCGUGAGACUAUUAGACGGUUCUGAGUGA